AUGCCUGUGCUGAAGAAAACCACCCAGGAGAAAAUGGAGAAACCUGCCGCCGCUGCCCACGAGGAAGAAGCUGUCCUCCCCAAGCUCCCAGUGCCGCCCCUGCAGAAGACCUUGGCCACGUAUCUCCGCUGUAUGAGACACCUGGUGACGGAGGAGCAGUUCCGGAAGAGCAAGGCCAUUGUGGAGAGGUUUGGGGCUCCUGGAGGCCUGGGGGAGUCCCUGCAGCAGAAACUCUUGGACCGAAGAGAGAAGAUGGCAAACUGGGUUUCUGAAUACUGGUUGGAUGACAUGUACCUCCACAACCGCUUGGCUCUUCCAGUCAACUCCAGCCCAGCAGUGAUCUUUGCCCGUCAACCCUUCCAGGAUGUGAAUGACCAGCUGAGGUUUGCUGCCCACCUCAUUUCAGGAGUUCUGGAUUACAAAGCUUUGCUGGACACCCGGGCUCUCCCUGUUGAUUUUGCCCGAGGACAGCUGUCCGGUCAGCCCCUCUGUAUGAAACAAUACUAUGGACUCUUUUCUUCCUAUCGCCUUCCAGGACACCCCAGAGACACCUUGGUGGCCCCGAAAAGCAGCGUCAUGCCCGAACCAGAGCAUGUCAUCGUGGCCUGCAGCAAUCAGUUCUUUGUUUUGGACGUUGUCAUUAAUUUCCGCCGUCUCAGUGAGGGGGAUCUGUUCACUCAGUUACGAAAGAUAGUCAAACUGGCGGCAGACGAAGAUGAGCAGUUGCCCCCGAUCGGCCUGCUGACAUCUGAUGGACGUGCUGAGUGGGCCCGGGCCCGGACCUCCCUCGUGAAAGAUUCCACCAACCGCGAUUCUCUGGACAUGAUCGAACGGUGCAUCUGCUUGGUGUGCCUGGAUACCCCAGCGGGAGAGGAGCUCACUGAUGCCAACAUGGCACUGCAGCUUCUACAUGGCGGGGGCUAUGGCAAGAAUGGGGCGAACCGAUGGUAUGAUAAGCCAAUGCAGUUUGUGGUAGGGAGAGAUGGAGUCUGUGGGACCAUAUGUGAACAUUCCCCUUUUGACGGGAUCGUCUUGGUGCAGUGCACUGAACAUCUGCUCAAACACAUGAAGGACAGCUCAAAGAAGUUGGUCAGGGCAGAUUCGGUCAGCGAGCUUCCUGCUCCUCGCAGACUGCGCUGGAAAUGCUCCCCCGAAAUCCAGGGACACUUGGCAUCUUCUGCGGAGAAACUUCACAGGAUAGUAAAGAAUCUUGAUUUUGUGGUUUAUAAGUUUGAGAGCUACGGAAAAGAGUUCAUUAAAAAACAGAAGACCAGCCCAGAUGCCUACAUUCAAGUGGCGCUCCAACUGGCCUUUUAUAGAUGUCACCGAAGACUCGUUUCUACCUAUGAAAGUGCUUCCAUCCGCCGAUUUGAAGAGGGAAGAGUUGACAAUAUUAGAUCGGCAACUCCGGAAGCGAUGGCUUUUGUGAAAGUGAUGAUUGAUGAAAAAUCUUCAGUAACGGACUCUGAGAAGAUGCAGCGUUUAAGGGAGGCCAUCAGGGCUCAGACCGAAUAUACGAUUCUGGCCAUCACUGGCAUGGCAAUUGAUAAUCACUUAUUGGGACUGCGGGAGGUAGCCCGGGAAUUCUGCAAAGAGCUGCCAGAGAUGUUUACAGAUGAAAUGUACCUAACAAGCAAUAGAUUCAUCCUCUCCACCAGCCAGGUUCCAACCACCAUGGACAUGUUCUGCUGCUAUGGCCCAGUGGUUCCCGAUGGGUACGGAGCUUGCUACAAUCCCCAACCAGAGCACAUCUUAUUCUGCAUCUCCAGCUUUCAUGAUUGCAAAGAGACUUCCUCCAGUAGAUUUGCUAAAGCCGUGGAAGAGAGCCUCAUGGAAAUGGGAGACCUCUGCGUCAGAUGUGAUACCUCUAAGACCGACCAGUCGGUGAAACGGGAGAGAGGAGCAAAGCCGCAGAAUGGCUGCAGGCCAUAG